GGAAGGGCUUGAUAAGACGCACAGAAAAUACGCUAGAAACGUUUUGUAGAAGGUAUAGAUUGCUAUGUAAGAUCGUAUUAAUCUGAAAAGUGUUUCAAUGCUUCAGAAGCCAUUUAUAAGAUUCGGGAACGAGAGCUAAGUGUCGAUAACCUUACAGACCCACUAUAAAACUACCUAAGUCAUUUUUAAUAAUACAAUAGCCUAGAGACGUCUGAAAUGAAAAGUUGUGGAAGAGAUGUACGUAACUUCUGGUUUCAGGAAAGGUCUUUCAGAGUUUUUAAAAUUUGUAAAUGAGCAAGGGCGUACCUGGACCGUACAAGCUCGCUCACUACCUUGCUAUGACCUUGGAAAGUAGCGCAAGGUGAAGUUCAAGUCAUCUACCGCAGCGGUCACCUUGGAAAGUAGGUCAAGGUGAAUGAACACCCGCUAUUCUUCCUUUUUUGGAGCGUGAUUUUAUUUUCAAGGUCAACUUUUUUAUCAUAUCAUUUUCAAGGUGAAGUGUCAUAUUUAAUGUUCAAGGUCAGCUCUUUUUGGUCUCGUUUCAUUUCCAAGGAAGUUGAGCAGUUUUAUCCUGUAAGUACAUAUGACGAAGACGAUGCACACAUUUUGGAAAACUGGAAGCCACGCGACGGGGAAGCGGUACCUGCGGCGCCGUCUCAACAGCGGGAACGCUUUUUUACGUUAGGGCUAUCUUGGUUUGAGCUGUCGUUGAGAUACCAUUGUGCAGUUUGUUGGUUUUUUGUGUUAUUCAAUACAGGUACAGUAAAACCAUCGUAACCUUAGAAAAUUUGCGCAUACAUGUUCGGAUUCGUCCGCACUUGAUCGGCGUUUCUUACCAGGUUCGGUUAUAAUGUACAUUCGGAACAGAGAACUACAACCAGAACAGAAGUAGUAUUUGCACAUUACUCAUGGUAUUAAUGUCAAUAUAAUUAAGAAAGUUAUCGAUUAUUUAUUACUAGUUAAUAACACAUUACUCAAUUCUACAAUAGUCAUUUAACUUAACAUUAGACUGAGCAAUAAUCAAUAGCGCACUGAGCCUACAAACGAACUACUUCUUACUGGGAAUGUAGAAUCCCUUUCCAUGCCUUCCAGACGCGUAUUCAGAGGGGGGGCUGAAGGGGCUGCAGCCCCCCCCCCCCGAAAAGUUGCCAAUCAUCUUAAUAUUUUCUGCCAAUAAGGAAAGGAUAUGUAAGAACGGGAAAAAAAGAGUGGGUAUUUAAAAAGACAUAUUUUAACAGUUUGGGUUACGCUUACCUACCUAAUUUUCCGAGAAAAAUAUAGGAAUGCACAAAACGGGCUAAUGUCAGGUACCUAAGCUUACUGAACUGUUUUUAGGGUUUUUAAUCGCUAGUGUAUUAUGUUUCCAUUUCCAUAACAAGCAAUCAGCGCACUGCGCAAUUGCACUGCACUGUUGUACUGCGGUUUCACAUUUCACGCCUUCGCAAUCCAUAGAGAUAUUGUGAUUGCCGAUGACAUGGUAAUUGAUAAAUUUGUAGAAUGUAAAAAAAAUAGGAAAUUAAAUUUCGUCUUGUAAAAAUUGUUUUAUGUAUUUAAAAGUUCGAGCCCUCCCCGAACAAAAUUUCUGGAUACGCCACUGAUGCCUUCUAUAUUAGCUGCGCAAAGCAUACUUUUUCUAAGGUUACCGUGGUUUUACUGUAGUACUCUACAUUUAUUUAUUUAUGUUCUUUUUUCAUUAUUCUUGUUUUUGAAAUUUGACAUGAUUUAACCUCCAUUGCAUCAUGUGUAGGUAUAAAAAAUGCCGUUGACUUUGAUUGUUUGAAAUAGUUUUCAUUAGUCUAUUAGUAGUCUAUUAAUAAAAGUGAAUUUAGAUCUUUCCAGUUUUUUUGCCAAAACUGGCCAUUUUAAAGAAAUACCCUGUACAACAUCAUUGUAAACGCCCUUUCAAGCUGCAGUUUGUGCGUAUCGUUAGACACAUCCAAACAUAAAAAAUAUCAACAAAAUAAUUAAACAAUUUUAUUUAUGGCCCUUUUGGGCUUAAUUAAAUUAUAAUUAAACGUAAUCAUGUAACCGCCUAAUUAAACUGUGCAUUUAGGAGAAUCGAAUUUGUGUAAAAGGGAAACGUCCUAGCCAACUUAACCUUAAAAUGUCUCUAGCUAUAUUUAAAUAUUUAUUAACAGGAUUAUAAGGGAAUAGCGAUGACUGACAACGGUAUUGAUUACACAGCAGGACACGACAAUGCGACUGAUGUCGCAUCAAGUGGUCCCGAUUCCGAUGUGGAUUCCACACAGAGCGGGUCGGAUACACACAGCGGUCACACGUCCUUCUCUGAAAAGUCGAUCAUUUCUACCUAUAUAAGUUCGUCAACGUUCACGACAGAGUGUGCGAAUACUAUAUUGGUUACAAACAUUGGAAUGCAAGAGGUUGACAAGCUCACGAGCAGCAGCACAUCAAGUACGUUCAACAUUCGCGGCACGUUUUUACCUUGGGGUACCCACAAAGACCGUUCGCAUCAGCCCAGCGGCCUUUCCAUCGACAUGGAGAUUCGUCCCGGCGAGUUCGUCAUGCGCAAUUUAUUCGCCGAUUUCACCAUACAGGCAGAAAAGAAGAUCGAGGGCGUGAUGACCGAAUCGUCGGAGAAGCCGCUCUCGAAAACUCUGCAGAGAGGCGAGGAUUCCCAGUUUGAUCAGUUGCUCAGCGCUUUCGGAUCGGUCGCCGAACAUUGCCUGCCGUCGCUACUCAGAGCUUUGUUCUCGUGGUAUGAACGGCAAAUGUCCGAGGUUCCGGGUGUCGAGCAGAAAAAAACCGACCAGAAAGCGAAAAGUAUCAUGUAUAUCGUAUCAGGGAAUGCGCCCGAAACAAUUGAGCGUAGCGAGGCCGACAUUCAACAGGAGAGGCGAGAUUUGGCUGUCGAGUUCAUUUUUUGUUUAGUUUUGAUAGAAGUUUUAAGGCAGUUGUCUUUCCAUCCAGGUCACGAGGACUUGGUGCUUUACAUCGAGAACUUAGCUUUCAAACAUUUUAAGUACCGCGAAAGUACACAAAUGGGCCCCAACUCGGCAAAUAUACACAUUAUCGCCGACUUAUACGCGGAAGUCAUAGGUGCGUUGGCCCAGUCGCGAUUUAUGUCAGUUCGCAAACGAUUCAUGGUCGAAUUGAAGGAGUGGCGAUCGAAAGAACCCACAACUCACACCACACAGUCGAUAAUAAGCCUGCUAAUGGGUAUGAAGUUUUUUCGCGUCAAAAUGGUACCGAUCGAGGAAUUUGAGGCUUCAUUCCAAUUUAUGCAAGAGUGUGCGCAGUAUUUUCUCGAGGUUAAAGAUAAAGAUAUUAAGCACGCGCUUGCCGGUUUAUUUGUGGAAAUACUUGUACCUGUAGCCGCCAUCGUCAAAAAUGAAGUAAACGUUCCCUGUUUGAAGAAUUUUGUCGAAAUGCUGUACUCCCAAACGUUGGAUGCCAGUACUAAGUCGAAACAUCGGCUAGCUCUCUUUCCUCUCGUUACCUGUCUACUGUGCGUCAGUCAGAAGACUUUCUUCUUACAGAGUUGGCACUAUUUCUUAGCGAUGUGCUUGUCACAUCUUAAGAAUAGAGAUCCUAAAAUGUGUCGGGUAGCUUUAGAAUCAUUGUAUCGACUUUUAUGGGUUUACAUGAUACGAAUUAAGUGCGAAAGUAAUUCGGCGACCCAAUCGCGCCUACAGAGCAUCGUCAAUUCCCUUUUUCCGAAGGGAUCCAAGGCGGUCGUUCCGCGAGACACUCCUUUAAAUAUAUUCGUUAAGAUUAUUCAGUUCAUCGCGCAGGAACGUCUGGAUUUUGCGAUGAGGGAGAUCGUUUUCGAUUUGUUAUCCGUGGGGCGUCCGAUUAAAAUAAUUUUGACCCCGGAACGUAUGAGUAUUGGGCUACGUGCGUUUUUGGUCGUCGCCGAUAGCUUACAGCAGAAAGAAGGGGAGCCCCCUAUGCCCAGAUCUAUGGGAGUUUUGCCCAGUGGAAAUACUUUGAGGGUCCGGAAGACGUUUCUUAAUAAAAUGUUGACUGAGGAUACGGCGCGUAGUAUUGGGAUGAGCGCGUAUUUUCCGCAUGUGCGCAGGGUGUUCGUGGAUAUACUCAGGGCGCUCGAUGCGCAGUACGGGCGCCCGCUGAUGAUGACGAGCACCCAAAAUGUAAAUAAAGAGCCGGAUGAGAUGAUAACUGGCGAACGUAAGCCACGCAUUGACUUGUUCCGGACGUGCGUCGCUGCCGUACCUCGCUUGAUUCCCGAUGGAAUGACCGGCGCUGAGUUAGUCGAUCUUUUGGCGCGUCUGACAGUCCACAUGGACGAGGAAUUGCGAGGGUUGGCGUAUCAAAGUCUUCAAACUUUAGUCAUCGACUUUCCCGACUGGCGACAGGACGUCGUUUGGGGUUUUACCCAGUUUUUGGCCCGCGACGUUUUGGACACUUUCCCUCAGCUCGUCGACAAUGGCCUACGCAUGCUUCUUCAGCUGCUAACGGCGUGGAAGAACACUUUCACCGGGAACAUCACAAACACUUCCACCAUGCGUUUGGGCAAAGACUCCAACAGCAGCGAGCACACGAAACCAGUUUUCCGCGACAUGGGCAACCCAAAGAAACCGGACUCGCAGAAAUCGGAGCCGAUCUCUUCCGUACUCCAUCUUGUCGAAGCAUACGCGCUGGUUAUGCUCUGCAAUGUCCGUCUGUCCCCACGCCGACUUUCCGUUCACAUUUUAAAGGACGUCAAAAUUUUGCUUAAAACCAUCAACUGCUCCGAAGACGUUCCCGUUAUCGACGUUAUUGAUCGCUGCUGUCCUCAGAUCCUCGAAAAAUGCCUACCUCAUCUCCCAGCGGCAGAGAAGGCGGCAGCGCAGGCGAUGUCAUCCAUUGACUUACAGUGGCUCGCUGACCGAAGCGCCUGCAUCUGGACAGCCGGGCUCCACGAAGAUGGCAAUCUGAAAAACGGGUCGAGCUUCAACCUCAACGUGUUCGAUCCGUGGAGCAUUUACUUGUUUGGAUUUUUGGAACGAGACAGAAUCUUGGGAUUAUGCCCGACUGUAGUGAAUCACAGUUGGCCUAUCAUAUUCACGCGGGUGAACACGCUUUUCCCCGUAAUUGACCCAACCCCUGUCAAUGAUAAUAGAGCGUCCCUUUUGCGAAGUUCGGCCGCCGUUCGGAAGCCCACGAACGAACGUGACGUUUACAUACACCUCUGGAAGAACUACGUGACGUUUGCAUUUCGAGUCGUUCCCCCAGUUCCGAACCCAAUCGUGAGAUGCGCGAGUCCGGACUUAAGUUUGAGUUCGCUGGAGAAUAUAGUUGAAUCGAGCGACCUUAGUACGAGUCUCGAAAAUUUGGUACAAGCCCAAGGGUUGAUUUCUUCCGGAAGAUUUACCUUACCACUUUCAGCCAUUCGGAAACAGCCUAAACGCAUCAGCUCAUCGCCUGAUAGCUUAAGCGCCGAACGGAGCGACAAUAAAGCACCAGGAGUCAAUAUAUCUCCCGUUUCGCUUUACAAACUUGUCGUUCCACUUUUGCGAUGCGAAAUUGCUGACGUCAGAGACACCGCGGUUUUGGCUUUAGGAAAGGUGAACAGCGACGCGCUCAAAGAUUUAAUGGAGGAACUUUUGAUCUAUAUUAGGGAAGCUGUCGAUCGCAAACAGGAGAACGUGAGGCGAAGGCGGCGUAGGGAUGCGUUACGAUUGCAAUUAAUACGCGUUUUGGAGUUAAUUGCGGAGUACGGAACAUUUGGCGAUAGUCCUUGCGUGUUGGACAGAGACGCCCAAUCUCUUCAUCCCACGUUUGUCGAGUACAUGGAUGGAGCGAGAUUAUAUUUGGAAAGCGAACCUGAUAAAAAUUCCAGCGCUGUUAAGGAAAUUACGCUUCAUUUCUGCAACUUUAUUAGAAAAAUGAUUAAGAGCUUCUCCUUGGAAACCUGUCAGACGCUGCUGAAGAGGGACUUACGAAGGAAUUUAUUCAAUCUUUUUUCGGCGUGGUCCGGUCGUUAUGGCACUUUGGUACGGCACGGAAGCGGCGAUCUGGAGCAAGCAUAUAAGAAGUCGACGGAUCUCCAGCUGGCCGCUUUGCAAGCAAUGAGCGCCUUGCUGUGUUGCGGCCCAUGCUUUGACCACCAAGGACUUGCAGAAGAUGGACCUUUUUACCACUGGUUGGAUGUAAUGCUGGAAAGCACAGAGGAGAAGGUGUACAAUUUCGCUCGCGAAACUGUGGUAUUACUAUUGGAAUGUAACCCGGACAUCGGACACCUUCUGGACUGGGUCGUCGAUCGUUGUUAUACGGGCACGCAGGCCGUCGCCGAUGGUUGCUUUUUGGCGUUGGCGACAAUAUUCAGCGCAAAAGAAUAUCCUUGCGAUCAUUACACCGCUAUUAUCAACGUAACCCUUAUGAACACGGGAUGCCCCAGGCCGAUCGUUCGCGACACCGCCCUACAACUUCUGCAGCUUUUGGAUAAAAGAUUUUUUGGCGCUGUUGGACCGUUGGCCGAGGGGGAUUUAGCUGAAGGUGAUAAAGGCAGGAGCACUCUGGAUACACUUCUGGCCACCACGUAUUGUCGAUCGCAGAUACAUCUUUCGGAGCAACUAGCUCACCUCCAUCCUGAGCUUACAAUGCCAAUGUUUUCAGAAAUCACUCAUCGUUUUCAAACUGCAAGGCCCGAACUCCGUCAGCUACUGUUGCAGUACUUGCUGCCGUGGUUGCACAACAUGGAGUUAGUUGACCCUAACGUUCCACCGGCUAAUCCCCUUUUUUAUUACCAGUAUCACGCCAACGAUAUGGGUCGGGCUGGAGGUCGAAGAGAAGGUUGGGGUUCUGCAGAAGCAACCGAAAUGGUACUGAAUAACAUUUUUUACAUUACUGCGAAGUUCGGCGACAACCAUCCGAAAGAAAUGGAAGCAGUUUGGGCGACUUUGUGUACCUCGUGGCCGAACAACAUGAAGGUUAUAAUUCGGUAUUUAAUUAUCGUUUCUGGCAUGGCGCCUUGCGAACUCCUUCCAUAUGCAAAACGCGUCAUCCUAUACCUGGCUAGAGUACAACCCGGUCGUUUGCUGGACGAGAUGAUGAUCGAGUUGCAAACAGUCGAAACCCUCAACUGUUUAAUCGAGCGAACGGAAACGCCCCCAUUUUAUCGCCUGACCGUUAUGAGAAAAGCGUCCAGCCAUUCCGAUGGUACCGGAGGCGUAGGCACCUCUGAUUACAAUAACCGAAAUGAUAUCGGCGUGGAGAAGGGCACGAUUCACACCAAACGUCACAGCGGCGAAGACCCGAUGAAAUCUUCGUCCCCCAAAACUGACUCGACAAUCAAGGGCAUGCCCGAAUUCUCCUCCCCUAGGCUAGACAAAGUGCGCGUUAUCGGGGGAGCGAAUCUAUCGGAAGAUGUAUCGACGCCAACGACAGAAACCGAUUUGUUUCAGUUGCAAGGGUGCGAGGAUCUCUUCUCGCUUUCUCGCUCACUCAAUGCCGGUGAUAAAUUUGACAUUCCAGUACCCCAACCCCAUCCGCUACCUAUGCCGGAAUAUGGUGGAUAUUUUGCACCUUUGACUGAAUAUUUACCGGAUAGUUCGCAACCAAUAUCUGGUUUCCAUAGAUGCAACGUGGCUGUGAUGUUACUUUGUGAUGUAGUUGUCGAUGGUCUCGAACUAGACUGGACUAUACACGUUCCUUUAAUGUUACAUAUAUUAUUUUUGGGUCUGGAUAACACCAGGCCGUUAGUGUACCAACACUGUAAACAACUUCUCUUAAACUUACUCAUUGUUUUGGCACAACAUAACGACCAUUUAAUAGUGGCGCAUAUUAUUCUAAACAGCAAAACGAGUUUACUAGGGCUAGGUCUGCCGACCCCCGCAUUGCCAGUUCCGCAAAAUAUUUUUACAGAAACGAAUCCUGCGUUCGAUGUUUAUCUUCAAGGGCCGGCUCCUAAUACGUCUUCCUCAGAGUCAAUUGCUACCAAUAAAGAUACAAGCAACAUCGAUAAAAAAGAACCAAGUGCGCCCCCUGUAAUAGUAACUUCAGAAGAAUCGCCAGCGUGGAACGCCUCAGAAACUUGCCCAAAUAUCACCAUAGCGGACGUGAUAAAAUCGCUCAUCGACUUUUUGGCUACGCGCCAAAAUCAACCGCUGUGGAACUACGAGGAUAUCACAGCGAAGGUGUGGUUGGUAAGGAGUGCCGAUCAAAUGGACAUCUUCCUUCAGCACAUCCUGCGUGUAUUUCGAGAGUCGUUACCCAACGCCCACAUAAACGAAAGGUGGGCACAAACUGCGCUGCAACUAGGACUCAGUUGUUCAUCCAGGCACUACGCCGGCCGUUCGUUGCAAAUCUAUCGCUCGCUCCGAGUCCCAAUAUCAUCCCGAAUGCUCUCCGACAUUCUCAGCCGGCUAGUCGAGACCGUCGCCGAACAAGGCGAAGAUAUGCAAGGCUACGUCACCGAGCUCCUUCUCACGCUCGAAUCAGCAGUCGACUCCCUAGAAUCCGAUUUCCGCCCGUUCGACUUGAAGAAGGACAUUUUUAAAUCGACGCCCAAUUUGAACAACAAGGAACCGUUGGGUAAACGCUACCCAUACGGCAACAUGAUGGGAGCCGACGCAAUUCCGCCGUUUUCGUACCUCAACCAGGUGGGACACAUUCGCAGCACCAGCUACUCCGUAUCGUACGUGCUGCGGAAAAAUUCCGGGUCCCCCGCGACGGACAGCAAAGAUUUGCGCAAUCGCGGAAAUUGCGAGAUUGAUAAAAAUAAGUUCGGAUCGAAUUUGUCCCGGUCAAGAUCGGCGCAGAGCUUGAAAAUGCUGAGCGAUUCGGCGACUCAAGAUGACAAGCUCACGAUUCUUGCGCAACUGUUCUGGCUGUCAGUCUCGCUGCUGGAGUCUGACUAUGAGCACGAGUUUCUGUUGGCCUUAAGACUUUUGGCGCGCAUUUUGCACCGGUUGCCCUUAGAUCGACCGGAUGCUAGGGAUAAGGUGGAGAAAUUGCAAACGCAACUGAGGUGGAGUUCUUUUCCGGGCGUGCACGCCUUGUUGCUAAAGGGGUGUACACAUCCGAACAUUUACGAACCUGUGGUCGCGUUACUGUCGCAAUUUACCCCGCUACUUGACCUGGUCGUGGUGGAUCCUUCGCAGAGUAUCGCAUUUCCGAUGAACGUCAUCGCCUUGCUUCCGUAUAUGUUGCUCAACUACGAAGACGCUAACGAGCUCUGCAUUCGCAGCGCGGACAACAUUGCUCAAGUUAGCGUGGAAAAGAGCAAAAAGUUGGAAAAUUUGAGUACGGUGAUGAAUUUGUACAGUCGAAGAACUUUCAGCAAGGAGAGUUUCCAGUGGACCAAAUGCGUCGUGAAGUACCUCUACGAUACUUACUCACACCUUAGUUUGAACAUGUUGGCGUUUUUGAUUGAGGUAUUAGAAAAAGGCCCUUCAACGCUGCAGCUGCCAAUUCUGAAUAUUGUGCACUGUAUUUUGCACUACGUGGAUCUUGCGUCUGCCGCCGCACAACCGAUGAAUGCAGAUUUACUGCGAGUCAUUGGGAAGUACAUCGAAGGACCGAAUUGGAAGGAAGCUCUGAAGAUACUUAAGCUGGUGGUCACCAGAUCGAGCACAUUAGUUGCACCGCCCGCAUCCGUUCAACACAGCUACUGGGAGGGCUCAAUGACGUCAGUCCCUCAUCCUUCUUUUACUGACACUGAAGUCUUUACGAAGAAGGAGCUGCCAGGACGGACAAUGGAAUUUACAUUCGAUCUCUCGCAAACGCCCGUGAUUGGCCGUCGGCUGCUAGUUAAAAAUGAGGACAGUGGAGUUGUCACUAAACCGGUCGCAUCUCCUAGACGGUCCUGUUCAUUAAGUCCUGCCGAUACAGCCCCUCUAUCUGGAUGGAAGCGUCCGUGGAUGUCACAGGGACGUGUCCGGGAAUGCCUAGUUAAUCUUCUUACAGCAUGUGGCCAACGCGUUGGUUUACCAAAGAGUCCAUCAGUUAUAUUCAGUCAAAGCUCCGACUUAAUGGAAAGACAAUCGAGCAUGGCGUCAAGCACGGAAGAGGUAUCUGUCGCCAACAACGACUUCAGCGGUGGUUCGCGCAGAGACGACACGACGACCGAUUUCGGCGUAUUUAAGGACUUCGACUUCUUAGAGUACGAAAGCGAAAGCAUUGAGGGCGAGAGCACGGAUAAUUUCAAUUGGGGUGUACGUCGACGGCCGCUAAGCGAAGGCGAGGAGGAACUGCCAAGUAUCAAGCAGCACGAUGAGAGUGUUAGUGAAAAAACGCCCAUAUUAACUGUUCGAAAGGUAAGAAUUUUUCUUAAUUCAUAGAUAUUUUCCAACUCAUGUUUUAU